AACAGGCAGCGGGAUAAGGUCACUGCUACCGUUAUCAGCCUAUGACGAAGCGAAGUGUCAGGAGCAGUGCAACCACAUUCAUGACCACAACUUACUGUAAAAUCAAUAGCGUCGGGCUCAUUUGAAGCCUUUUUAUCUUUCCUCAGAUCGGACUUCAUGAGCUGUUGAAUGAACAGAAAAUAGUUCGUUCGCGCGCCCAUAUCCUCUCUCUGUUAUCCUAUGGGACCCCGCAAACGAUCUAAGCCGAACCCUAAGGGCGAAGCCAUUCAAAAUAAGGGACAGAACAAUCCCGAUGAAUCCACCCAUGUCCACCAUCUAUCCGAGUCUCAAAAAGGAUCUAUAGACGGACAGGAGCAAAACAAAGAUCAAAAGAUCACAUCCUCAACCUCAAACUCUAAGACGGGAGGGACGUCACAUGCUCUCCGAGAGCCCAAGACCUGGUAUGGCUCCAGCUGGCCGAGGUCGUCGAAGGCGACUCCUGUAACAGAAGUCGCUCGCGAAAGCAUAUCCGCUGCCAGUAAUGCCAUUUCAACUUCAGUAUCCUCAGCCAAAACUAUACGAAAGCAGAAGCAAGACAAAGCUAGGUCUCCUUCACUGUCCUUAUCUCAGGGCGGUGCCAGCUCGAGAUCGCUUCCUUGUGCUACUACCACGACUAAAUUAAAUGUUACAUCAAAUCCGGUAGAGCACGUAUCGAACAGUACUAGCGAAUUACCGGUCAAGAGCACAUCCAGCUUAGGUGCUAUAGAUGCUGGAGAUACAGCUAGUCAAUCAACCCAGCAAAUCCAAGAUCAGAAUGCCGACAAAACUUCAAAGCAAAUACUUCAAAAGGAAGAUGAGGUUGACAACCCUGGUGCCCUCAAAAUUGAGCCACAACCGAAAGACUCGCAGGAAAACCAAAGUAACACAUGGCGCAGUUGGCUGUUCAAAUUCAGCAAUAAUGACAAGGCCAAUGCAGAAGAGCAAUUUUCAAACAACAGCACCAUUGCGAAAGCUGCAGACCAAGCAAAAACAGAUGAGCCUGAGACAGUACGCUCAGAGGGUCUGACUGACACAUCCAUUACUAGAACGGAGGAUAAUAGUAAAAAUAAUCCCGAAACAAAUUCCAAAGAUACUCAUUCAACUAGAACAACGGAGCCCCCCACCAUAUCUCGGUCAUGGCUUGGAUUUUUCACAGCAAAUCCACAGCCAGGCGGUGAAUCAAGGACGAACGAUGCUGAGAACGAGGCUUCUCCACAGGUCGAGGCGCCCUCGAAAGACCUAAAUGACAAGCCUACUGAUUCAGAGUCAAAAAACGAAGCUUCUGUACCUCCUCCAGAUUCAUCACAACCAGAGGGUCAGAGUACGCCUGCACGGUCCUCCGGAUGGGCUUUUUGGUCCAAGGGACGUGGCUCAAAUGUGCCAGGCCAAACUUCGUCUGACGUUGGAGAACUUGCCGUUGCAGAUAGCCCAUCUCAAUCUCAGCCAGAAAGAACAUCCAUUAGCCAGCCGAAGGAACAAAUCCCUCCAGAACCUAAGAAACCCUCUAAGCGGGAGCGGCCAGAGUCUAUGGAAUUAUCGGACGAGGGGGUAUCUCGAUCUUUCGUUGGGCCAAAGCCCGGUCCACCUGCCAAAUCUUCGCCAGCGCAAAGCCCAGCACCGAAGCCAAAACAGGUGGAUGUCACAGCUGCAAAGGAAGUGCGCCAAACUGUACCCAAUCUAUUAUUGCCGGACAUCAAAAACACCUACCAGCCAGCACAGAACCUAUCUAUGUUUCAACACUUAAGUCGCUUAUUACUUCCGGGACAUGACUCGGGGCCGAGGCACUUGAGCAUUGCGCGAGACCCGCCAAGGAUUAAAAGAGCCCUCGCAAUAGGUGUCCAUGGUUAUUUUCCCGCUCCGCUUAUACGAACUGUUCUCGGUCAGCCCACAGGGACUUCCAUUCGCUUUGCCAAUGGAGCUGCAGCUGCCAUUGAGAAAUGGGUCAAUGAUCGAGGAUACUCUUGUGAGAUUGAGAAAAUUGCUCUCGAGGGAGAAGGGAAAAUUGCCGAUCGUGUUGACACCCUGUGGAAGCUAAUGUUGAAUUGGCUCGACCACAUACGCCAGGCAGAUUUUAUCCUCGUUGCAUGCCAUUCACAAGGUGUGCCAGUUGCAUUGAUGCUGGUAGCUAAGCUCAUUGCAAUGGGAUGCGUCACAUCUGCUCGGAUAGGGGUCUGCGCAAUGGCUGGUGUAAACCUGGGCCCUUUCCAGGACUAUAAAUCGCGUUUUCUCAGUGGCUCAGCUGGAGAAUUGUUCGACUUUGCGAAUCCCAACAGUGCCGUUUCAAAAAGGUAUGAGGAGGCAUUGGGCUUGGCUUUGAAACAUGGCGUGAGGAUUGUGUAUAUUGGCAGUAUAGACGAUCAACUUGUUUCUCUUGAGUCUUCCACAUUUUCAAACAUUAGUCACCCGUACAUUUAUAGAGCUGUCUUUGUUGAUGGGAGAAUUCAUGCCCCAGAUUUUAUCACGCAUUUAGUCGGCUUCACCCUAAAGAUGCGGAACCUUGGCAUCUCAGACCACGGACUCAUUCGAGAGCUGAGCUCUCCGCUUGCCGGCAGUCUCUAUUCAGGAGAAGGGCACUCUCGUGUUUACGAUGAUCAGGCGGUUUAUAACCUUGCUGUGGAGCAUGCUCUAGAAACCACAUCGAUCGGAGAUGUACCACUUUCGAUACAAAGAUACGAGGCACCCACGAGUGCCAAUCCUUAUUAUUUACCGUGGGCAUUGAGAGGCUUACUCGAAGAAGAUGUAGUAAGACAACAAUUGCGUAGCGAGACAGCACAAUUGCUUCAACAGUACGAGUCCUGGAAGCCUUCGAGCAAAGUUCUCAAAGAUGUGAAAUUUCGAUUAGAGGCAGUAAGAUCGAAAUUAUAGUCUUGCUUGUGGGUCUUUUUCUGUUCUGGCGUUUCUGGUGGACAUUUAAGGAAUUCAGCAUGGGCGCGCUUCGACGGUCUUGCAUAGGUUUACGGUCACACAGGAGAUAGUUGUGCUGAUACAUUUUUUACAAUACAACAGUAGGAGA